AUGAACCUUCUUCACUGUGUUCCGAAACUUGUUAUAAGACCUGUCCGUUGGGGUCCAGAAUAUAUCAACCGUAUCCACGUGCAGAAGGUUAACAUCCAGCCAAAAAUGGGAUAUUUAUUUACUAACGGUAAAACAUCUCUUUCCGCUCUUCUCUUUUUUCUAUUAUCCCCCUCUCUCUCUCAUACACACACUCUUUAUCUAUCUAUCUAUCUAUCUAUCUGUCUGUCUAUCUAUCUAUCUAUCUAUCUAUCUAUCUAUCUAUCUGUCUAUGUCUGUUCAUUAUCUAACUAUCUAUCUCAGACUAUUCAUUAUCUAUCUAUCUAUAUAAAUCUUUUUCUUUCUAUCUAUCUAUCUAUCUAUCUAUCUAUCUAUGUCUGUUCAUUAUCUAUCUAUCUCAGUCUAUUCAUUAUCUAUAUAAAUCUUUUUCUAUCUAUCUAUCUGUCUAUCUCAGUCUAUUCAUUAUCUAUCUAUCUAUAUAAAUCUUUUUCUUUUUAUUUAUCUAUCUAUCUAUCUAUCUAUCUAUCUAUGUCUGUUCAUUAUCUAACUAUCUAUCUCAGUCUAUUCAUUAUCUAUCUAUAUAAAUCUUUUUCUAUCUAUCUAUCUAUCUCAGUCUAUUCAUUAUCUAUCUAUAUAAAUCUUUUUCUUUUUAUUUAUCUAUCUAUCUAUCUAUCUAUCUAUCUAUCUAUCUAUCUAUCUAUCUAUCUAUCUAUCUAUCUAUCUAUGUCUGUUCAUUAUCUAUCUAUCUCAGUCUAUUCAUUAUCUAUCUAUCCAUAUAAAUCUUUUUCUUUCUAUCUAUCUAUCUAUCUAUGUCUGUUCAUUAUCUAUCUAUCUAUCUCAGUCUAUUCAUUAUCUAUCUAUAUAAAUCUUUUUCUAUCUAUCUAUCUAGUUCAGUCUGUUCAUUAUCUAUCUAUCUAUCUAUCUAUCUAUCUAUCUAUCUAUCUAUCUAUCUAUCUAUCUAUCUAUGAGUAUUUCUAUGGACAUACGUUUACAGUAGGGUGA